UCCUUUCUGCCGCCGCCGUGGCUUCCUCGGCCGCGGGGAGCCAUGGAGGAUGCCGAUUACUUCGGAGGCAGCACGGCGGAGUGGGGCGACGACGCGGACGGCGGCGCGCAGGACGACGAGGACGGCGAGGGAGAGGACGAUGCUGGCGUCCAGCAGGAGUGUUUGCAGAAGUUCUCCACGCGGGACUACAUCAUGGAGCCCUCUAUAUUUAACACACUAAAAAGGUAUUUCCAAGCAGGAGGUUCCCCAGAGAAUGUGAUCCAGCUGCUGUCUGAAAACUACACUGCCGUGGCCCAGACUGUGAACCUGCUGGCAGAGUGGCUCAUUCAGACAGGUGUUGAGCCAGUGCAAGUUCAGGAGACUGUAGAAAAUCAUUUGAAGAGCUUACUUAUCAAGCAUUUUGAUCCUCGGAAAGCAGAUUCCAUCUUUACAGAGGAAGGAGAGACUCCAGCUUGGCUUGAGCAAAUGAUAGCACAUACUACAUGGAGAGAUCUCUUCUACAAGCUGGCAGAAGCACAUCCAGACUGCUUGAUGCUUAAUUUUACUGUGAAGCUUAUUUCUGAUGCUGGAUAUCAAGGGGAAAUAACCAGCGUUUCAACAGCAUGUCARCAGCUGGAAGUUUUUUCUAGAGUCUUGCGUACAUCUCUGGCAACAAUUUUAGAUGGAGGAGAAGAAAACCUUGAGAAAAACCUCCCUGAGUUUGCUAAGAUGGUGUGCCAUGGAGAACACACGUAUCUCUUUGCUCAAUCUAUGAUGUCCAUAUUAGCCCAAGAAGAGCAGGGAGGGUCAGCUGUCAGGCGGAUCGCUCAGGAGGUUCAGCGAUAUGCUCAUGAAAAAGGCCAUGAUGCUAGUCAGAUCACUUUAGCACUGGGUACUGCUGCCUCCUAUCCUCGAGCAUGUCAAGCACUUGGUGCAAUGUUGUCGAAAGGAGCUCUGAAUCCAGCAGAUAUCACUGUCCUGUUCAAAAUGUUUACAAGCAUGGACCCGCCUCCAGUAGAACUGAUUCGAGUACCUGCUUUUCUGGACCUCUUCAUGCAGUCAUUGUUUAAGCCAGGUGCUAAGAUCAAUCAGGACCACAAACAUAAAUAUAUUCACAUACUGGCAUACGCAGCUAGUGUAGUAGAGAUGUGGAAAAAGAAUAAGAGAGUCAGCAUAAACAAAGAUGAACUCAAAUCAACUUCAAAAGCCAUUGAAACUGUUCACAACUUAUGUUGUAAUGAGAACAAAGGUGCAUCAGAGUUGGUUGCAGAACUGAGCACCCUCUAUCAGUGUAUCAGAUUUCCAGUGGUGGCAAUGGGUGUAUUAAAGUGGGUGGACUGGACAGUGUCAGAACCACGAUAUUUUCAGCUGCAGACUGAUCACACGCCAGUGCAUCUGGCAUUACUGGAUGAGAUCAGUACGUGCCAUCAGCUCCUUCAUCCCCAAGUUCUGCAGCUUCUUGUCAAGCUCUUUGAAACAGAACAUUCUCAACUUGAUGUAAUGGAGCAGCUGGAAUUGAAGAAAACUCUCUUGGAUAGAAUGGUGCACUUACUCAGUCGUGGAUAUGUUCUGCCUGUUGUCAGUUAUAUCCGCAAAUGUCUGGAGAAGCUAGAUACAGAUAUUUCUCUCAUCAGAUACUUUGUUACAGAGGUUUUGGAUGUGAUUGCUCCACCAUACACCUCAGACUUUGUACAACUUUUUCUUCCAAUCUUGGAGAAUGAAAGUAUUGCAGGUACUAUUAAAACAGAAGGUGAACAUGAUCCUGUCACUGAGUUUAUAGCUCACUGCAAAUCUAACUUUAUUAUGAUGAACUAAGCAGCGGAAACAUCAAGAAUGCAGAACGUAUGGUUACUGCUUUGCCACACUCUCCACCAGKAAGUUUCUGUAACUGGGCAACAUARCAGGGAGGAAAAAAAAAGUCAAGGAAGAAAGAGCUGAAGGACAUUUAGUUCAUUUGCACAGUGACCUUGAGCUUCAUAUCAGAGGACUCAUGAGGUACUUUGGAAAAAUGGAUUAAUUUAUAAAAAAAAAAAUGGAUAGUUCAGGAUCUUUGUUACACAAAUCAGUAUAAAUUAAUUAUUCUGAAGGUGGUAGCUGAAACAAAUUAUUUUUGUUCUGCGAAUGGUAUUUUUCAUUACAUGACUUUCCAUUCAUGUUCUUAUGAUAGCUCUUAGGAAAACCAGAUAGAGAGGCAAGAUUAGUUUUCAGUGAACUAAGCUUUGAUCUUGAGAGUUACAUAAAGGAGCUUGUAUGAUUAGAUCUGUGAURUGGAAAAUCCAGAAUGCCUAUUUUUCACUGUUGCAUUACAUUAGACAUCUAACAACCCUGUUUGUUUACUUUUAUGAAGAAACAUGUUUUGUGUAAAAACUGGAGUUCUA